AUGACAAUAAUUGCAAAUUUGAUUUUAUUUUAUAAUUUAUAUUUAUUGAAUUCAAAAUUUUGUGAAGCAUAUCCUUCUAUAAUAUCCAAGAUCGAAAAAAAUUCAUUAAUAGAUACCAAUUAUCAUAAUAAUUUAAGAGAUCUCGUGAAUAGUUUUGAAAAUAAACAAAUUUUUAGUCAAUUGAAAUAUUCUGAAAAUGCAUUUUAUGAUAAAGAAUUAAAUGUUGUUGGAACCAUCGAGUUUCCAGAAGCAAAUCAGUAUCAAAAACAACCAUAUGUUGCAAAUGGUUAUAUAGGAAGUAGGAUACCCAAUUUAGGACAAGGUUUUACUUAUGAUCAAUUGGGAAAAAAUUCAAACGAAGAAGAUCUAUAUAAUGGUUGGCCAUUAUUCGAUAAGAGAUACGCAGGUGCAUUCAUUGCCGGAUUUUAUGAUAUUCAAGAAAACACAACUGGGACCAAUUUUCCUGAACUUUUACAAAAUGGAUAUGAAAGUAUAAUAUCAGCUAUACCUCAAUGGACAACUUUGAGAUUGCAGAUAGACGUUGAUGGUAAGAAUUAUACUUUAGAUCCAAGCCAACAACAACAAAACAUCACAAAUUAUGUACAGAAUAUGUCUUUGUCAAAUGGAAUAGUCACAACACAAUUCACCUGGCUUGAUACAUUGGAGGUUAAAUAUACAGUUUUGGCUCAUAGAAGUGAAAUAAAUUUGGGUUAUGUUGAUGUAGCUAUACAAAAUAAAAUAAAUGAUACAGUUCUGGUACUGAUUAUUGACGAAUUGGACUUUGACUCUGCUCAGAGGUGUGAAUUAAAUACAAUUGGACAUGAUGAAUCUGGUAUUUAUAUUACUUUCCUGCCCAUUAACCUAGACUACGUUCGUGGUGCCAUUUAUUCCAAAUUGCAUAUUGAUAACUUCAAAACAACCAGUAGUAAAGCACAGCAAAUAUCUUCCAUAGAACUUGAUCCUUUAGGUUAUAUUAAAGUUUCCAAAACAGUUGGGAUUGUAUCAUCUGAUUUAGGGGUUGAUGAUGUUUUAGGGUUUGCCAAAAAGGUCUCACAACAAGAUCCAGAUGAUUUAUUGAAUUCGCAUAUUAGUGCUUGGGAUGAAAAAUUAGGUGAUUAUCCAAUCAUUGAAGUUCCUGAAGAUCCAUUACUUAACCUUGGUGCUAAAGCUUCUAUAUAUCAUUUAUUAGCAAAUUCAAGACCUAAUGCUGAGGGUUUGACUGGAGCUUUAGGUGUAGGAGGGCUCAGUUCUGAUAGUUAUGGUGGUAUGGUAUUUUGGGAUACAGAUCUUUGGAUGUUUAAAGCAAUUUUACCCAUGAAUCCAAAUCAUGCUAGAAGUAUAGUGAAUUAUAGAAUGCAUACUAGAGAUCAAGCUAUAAAAAAUGUACCUGAAGGUUAUGAUGGUGCUGUAUACCCAUGGACAAGUGGUAGAUUUGGUAAUUGUACAGCUACUGGACCAUGUUUAGAUUACGAAUAUCAUAUCAAUAACAACAUAGCGUUGGCGGCAUGGCAAUUGUACUUGAGUGGGGCAGCAGAUGAUAAUUAUUUAAGAGAAGUUGCAUUUCCUAUAGUUAAUGAUGCUGCUAAAUUUCUUUCGGGUUAUUUAACAAAAUAUAAUGAAACAUUAGAUAAAUACGUGACUCACAAUCUUACUGAUCCUGAUGAAUAUGCAAAUCAUGUCGAUAAUGGUGCUUAUACCAAUUCUGGAAUUUCAUUAUUGAUGGAUUGGGUUAACGUUAUAGCAGAUCAUUUAGGAGAAGAAGUUCCUAAUAUUUAUAAAGAUAUUUCAGAGAAAAUGUAUUUACCAACAGCAGACAAUUCUCAAAAUGUAACGUUAGAAUAUUCAGGAAUGAAUUCUUCAGUUGGUAUAAAACAAGCUGAUGUAAUUAUGCUUACUUACCCAUUGGAAAACAACCUUAUAGAUUCAGAGCAAGCAUAUGUAAAUAUGGAAUUUUAUUCAACAAAACAAGUGAGCUAUGGACCAGCAAUGACAUUUUCAAUUUUUUCAGUAGUUGCUUCAAAUUUAGCAAAUACUGGAUGUGCAUCACAAUCUUAUUUGCAUAAAGCUAUACAACCAUAUUUGAGAGGUCCUUUUGCCCAAUUUUCAGAACAAAAUAAUGAUGAUUAUAAUAAAAAUGGUGGUACUCAUCCUGCUUUCCCAUUCUUAACUGCUCAUGGUGGUUUUUUACAAGCUUUAUUACAAGGUUUGACUGGUAUGAGACACACAUACGAAGUUAAUGAUAACAAGAUUUCAAGAAUUUUGCAUUUUGAUCCAAUUGCUGUACCAUGUUUAGGUGAAGGAGUAAGGUACAACUCAAUACAUUAUGACAAUCACACUUUAUCAUUUAAUUUAACAUCUACUAAUUUUAUAAUACGAAAUGAUGGUAAAAUCAAUAACAAUGCAAACGAUCACAUAACAAUCUCAAUAGCUGAUAGAAACGCCAAAGCUGGAACUUAUACCCUUAAAGAUAAUGAAUCAUUAACAUUUCCAUUAUUCCAACCUUCAAAAAGCUUUCCUGAUAGUAUAUCUGAAUGUGAAGAUGCUACUUUUUACAAUAUUACUGAAGGAGCACCAGGUGAUUCGUCAUUUUCAAUGAAUGAUGGAGACAAUACAACUCGUUGGCAAGUAAGGUAUAAUGAUACAGUAGGAAAAGUAUUAAUUGAUCUUCAUUCUUUUAAAAAUAUUUCAAGUGUUGUUUUUAAUUGGGGUGAUAGACCACCAAAAACAAUGAAAUUAUUAAAAUAUGUUGGUUCAAAAUUUAAUACUGUAACUGAUUUCUUAUCAAAAGUUGAUUUUGGUAAUAAAUUAUAUAAAAAUUAUAAAUUUGCAAAUCCAGAUGAAAAAAUUUUUAAUCAAAGUGAAAUAUUUGAAGAAAUACAUUCUAAUGAUGUUGGUAUAAGUGAACCUUUUUCUGAACAAGAAAAUAAUGAAGUUAUGGUACCAACUAGACAUAAUGUUACUAUAUUAGAUUUAGAAAUUCAAAGUAGAUUUUUAUUACUUGAAGUUGAAAAUAUUCAUAAUACUAUCCCAAUUGAAGAUGAUUAUGGUGGUGCAAAAUUAGCUGAGAUUGUGUUUUAUUAA